AUGGCCAGUCCAGUAUUGGUGUUUGGAUGUGAGUGACUGGUCUAUUUGUGGGGGGAAUAAAUGAGUGGACUCCUCAUUGUAGCGACUGGUGUUUCACUAAAGCAUAACUGGUUUGUUCUGUCGUGGUGUCCAUAGUAGUACAGAUGUAUGUAAGUGGCUCCUGUUUGAGGUCUCACAGUAUUAAGUGGCUGAAACAUUUUAGAGCGUUGCAAAUAUAAAUAAAGUAAUACAGUUGAUAUUACCCUGUUGCCAUCUAAAGUUGACUAAACAGGAUCAGUCUACUACAGGGCUCUCCAACCCUGUUCCUGGAGAGCUACCCUCCUAUAACUCCAGUUGUAACUAACCUGAUUCAGCUUAUCAACCAGCUAAUUAUUAGAAUCAGAUGCGCUAGAUUAGGGUUGUAGUAUAAUACAAAGAUAUAUAUAUAUAUAUAUAUUAAUUAAUAAUAUAACCUUAGUGUCUGUUUUGAGUGACUGGUGUUUAGUGUCUAUAUGAUCGUUUUGUUGGAGGGUUUAACCUCCAACCAUCCGCUCUUACCCUCAGAUCAUCCAGGACCGGGUGCUGCAGCAGGAAUCCAGGAGCACCUUGAUGUGGAACAGCCACCCCGGGGGGCUCUUCACCCUGCCACAGUACUCUGCCCACUUGGGAGACUUCCCCUUCUACUAUGCCACACUAGGUGAGUACCCCUCCUCUCAAUCAACCAAUCAAUCAAAUGUAUUUAUAUGGCCUUUUCACACCAGCAGUUGUCACAAAGUGCUUUUACAGUGACCCGGUCUAGACCCCAAAGAGCAAGCACAAGCAGAAACACAUUGGCUAGGAAAAACUCCACUCCUCCAUCGCAUUCAUUGCAUCGUAGCACCAGUCGUUCAGUAUCUGUGUAACAGCAGUCCUUUAUCCAAUAUUUCUUGAGCUAUAGAUAUAGUAGGGCUACACAAGGAAAGUUACCUUGCUCAAAGUUGCCUCACUAGAAUAUACAGUGGGGGAAAAAAGUAUUUAGUCAGCCACCAAUUGUGCAAGUUUUCCCACUUAAAAAUAUGAGAGAGGCCUGUAAUUUUCAUCAUAGGUACACGUCAACUAUGACAGACAAAUUGAGGAAAAAAAAUCCAGAAAAUCACAUUGUAGGAUUUUUAAUGAAUUUAUUUGCAAAUUAUGGUAGAAAAUAAGUAUUUGGUCACCUACAAACAAGCAAGAUUUCUGGCUCUCACAGACCUGUCAUUUCUUCUUUAAGAGGCUCCUCUGUCCUCCACUCGUUACCUGUAUUAAUGGCACCUGUUUGAACUUGUUAUCAGUAUAAAAGACUCCUGUCCACAACCUCAAACAGUCACACUCCAAACUCCACUAUGGCCAAGACCAAAGAGCUGUCGAAGGACACCAGAAACAAAAUUGUAGACCAGGCUGGGAAGACUGAAUCUGCAAUAGGUAAGCAGCUUGGUUUGAAGAAAUCAACUGUGGGAGCAAUUAUUAGGAAAUGGAAGACAUACAAGACCACUGAUAAUCUCCCUCGAUCUGGGGCUCCACGCAAGAUCUCACCCCGUGGGGUCAAAAUGAUCACAAGAACGGUGAGCAAAAAUCCCAGAACCACACGGGGGGACCUAGUGAAUGACCUGCAGAGAGCUGGGACCAAAGUAACAAAGCCUACCAUCAGUAACACACUACGCCGCCAGGGACUCAAAUCCUGCAGUGCCAGACGUGUCCCCCUGCUUAAGCCAGUACAUGUCCAGGCCCGUCUGAAGUUUGCUAGAGUGCAUUUGGAUGAUCCAGAAGAGGAUUGGGAGAAUGUCAUAUGGUCAGAUGAAACCAAAAUAGAACUUUUUGGUAAAAACUCAACUUGUCGUGUUUGGAGGACAAAGAAUGCUGAGUUGCAUCCAAAGAACACCAUACCUACUGUGAAUCAUGGGGGUGGAAACAUCAUGCUUUGGGGCUGUUUUUCUGCAAAGGGACCAGGACGACUGAUCCGUGUAAAGGAAAGAAUGAAUGGGGCCAUGUAUCGUGAGAUUUUGAGUGAAAACCUCCUUCCAUCAGCAAGGGCAUUGAAGAUGAAACGUGGCUGGGUCUUUCAGAAUGACAAUGAUCCCAAACACACCGCCCGGGCAACGAAGGAGUGGCUUCGUAAGAAGCAUUUCAAGGUCCUGGAGUGGCCUAGCCAGUCUCCAGAUCUCAACCCCAUAGAAAAUCUUUGGAGGGAGUUGAAAGUCCGUGUUGCCCAGCGACAGCCCCAAAACAUCACUGCUCUAGAGGAGAUCUGCAUUGAGGAAUGGGCCAAAAUACCAGCAACAGUGUGUGAAAACCUUGUGAAGACUUACAGAAAACGUUUGACCUGUGUCAUUGUCAACAAAGGGUAUAUAACAAAGUAUUGAGAAACUUUUGUUAUUGACCAAAUACUUAUUUUCCACCAUAAUUUGCAAAUAAAUUCAUAAAAAAUCCUACAAUGUGAUUUUCUGGAUUUUUUUUCUUCUCAUUUUGUCUGUCAUAGUUGACAUGUACCUAUGAUGCAAAUUACAGGCCUCUCUCAUCCUUUUAAGUGGGAGAACUUGCACAAAUGGUGGCUGACUAAAUACUUUUUUCCCCACUGUAUAAUCUCAUUAUGUGUUUGGUCAAGUAGGACAUACUACGUACAUACAAUCUUUAUGGGUAGAGUCCUUGUGUCUUCUUAAACAUAUCUCUUAUCCUAUAAUAUACUAGCUACUAGCUCCCCUUCAAACAUCCUUGAAAUUAGAAACCAUUGUUUCCAGAACCUUGACCGCCAGCUGUGACAGUCUUAAAUGACUAUGUAGCUGACACGCUGUCCCACCUUAUCAAUUGACUUGUUACAGCGGCUAUAACAAACCAUUACUCAAAGUACCCUUGAUUGAUGCUCGCAUUAGGCCCACUGACACACUAAACAGUCAGUCAGUCGUUCGUUUCACUCAGCGAGCACGCCAUAUACCACUGCACCGGUUCACCAACACAAACUGUGCCUCUGUAACAAUCUGCGUCCCAAAUGGCUGCCUGUUCCCUAUAUAGUGCACUACUGACCAGAGCCCUAUGGGUCCCGCUCAAAAGAUAGGGUGCUAUAUGGGACUCAGCCCUUUUCCUCCAUGUAACUCUAUCUUCAUAUAGUCGAUGAAGUCAGCUCCCUCAAUACACAACCCUUUUGAUCGAGCACCUCUGCAAGGCGCAGAUAUUAAAACAAUCGCGCAGUGACAAGCAUGGCUUACCCCGCGGUGAGUUUUAUUUGUUUUUCACAGAGUCGACAAUUAAGCAUGUGGAUGUUUUAAAGAGACAAGGUGGAGGGUGGAGUGUUGGAUAACUAAACGAAACUGAUUCUCCUGUAUUCUCUAUCUCAUAAUGACACUCUGAAUCCAAUCUGUUAUUAUGAGGAGCCAAUAACUCUACCCCUUAGUUUGUUUACCGUAGUUCAUAAAACUGAUUGGUGUUGUGGAUAUGAAUUGUACACCUAGUGGGAUCAAUCAUUUAAUAAGAAGUCUCCUUUCAUCUCGUAAACAAUUAGGUAAUAAUCAACUGGUUAUGUAAGCAUGGUCUAUAAGUAAAUACUAAAGCAUAACCACCAAUAACCAAUAACUACAAUGUGAAAACAUACAGAGAAGGAACAAUUUAGGUCUAGUUUAGAGUGAUUUCUCCCAAAUGUUUUGUCUUUCUUUUUGUCAGAUUUUUGCUAUGCCUGCGGUAAUUGAGGAAACUAAAGAUAAUGACUUUGAACAAGCUGAUGGAUUUGGAGAUAUCAAAAGAAAUGUGCCUAGAGGAGACUAAACUUCUGAGAAUCACCAAUAUGUGUGUCUUUGUUCAGUUAUAUAAGACAGAGUGACGUCAAUAUCCUACUUUCUGUUCGUCUGUGUUCCAGCCAUCAAACUGUAAAAAAUAUGAUAUGUUUGUCUGUAUUGUAGGUAUCAAACCCGACCAGUAAUACUGUAAGUUUGAUCUGUGUUAUGUUCCAGGUAUAAAACCGUACCCCAAGUUCACAGCAGUCAUCCAUGCAGUCACCCCCCUGGUCUCCCAAUCCCAGCCCAUCCUCAAGCUGCUGGUGGCUGUUGCCAAAUCACAGUACUGUGCACAGGUAAGAAGCCACAAACGUGUUUCUGGGCGUGUGCACAUUCCUGUGUGUCCCUUCAAUUGUCGGAACACUCCCGAAACCCAAUAUUACUCCAACUGUGAGUGAUUUCAUAGCAUUAUUGCCGAGCCAGUUUUUUAAAUGACACUUCUCCAGCACCAAUAGAGGACCAACCUCUCUCUACCAUCUCAGCGUUAACUCCUGUGGAUUGAAUUAGAAAGGUGGUUUGUACCGAUCGGGUAUCGGUCUCCAUGGUACCGACUCCAUCUCUCUCUCUCUGUGUGCGUGCAUGUGGCUGUGCGUGCUUGUCCGUCUGAAAGCCCCAUUGCUCCGCUGGAUACAAGAAGUAUUGAUCCCUUCGCUGGUUUUAACCAGGGCUGGGGAAAUGAAACCAAAGUCAUCCCCCCCGAUAGCUGUGUGUAUUAUAGUGUCUUACACACACUCCACCAUAAUGCUUCUUAGAUGUUUCCCAACGUAUAGGGAGGUGUGCAACCCUCCCUUCUCUAUAGAAGUGUUUGUAUUCGACAUUCCAGGCUCCCUGUGCAAAGCUGAGAGCCGCGUACAUAUUAAAAGUAUCAACAUUUUCUAUCAUCUCACAAAGACUUCCAUGUUGAGGGGGCCGGGAAGUGGAAGAGGAGGUGAAGAGAGGGAUAUAAAUAAGUGAAUGAAAGGGAGAGGGCGGGGGAGAGAAUAUUGGGAAAGAAAACCUUUGAGCCGGCACUGGCAGAGACAUACAUGCAGAGAUUGUGGACCUCCUGCUGUGAGUGCGUGUGCUCCACAGUUUUACAGAAGAAUGGUGUGCAUCUGUCGCUCACGUCACUGACACGCACACCUAGACACACACUCACACUGCAACACAUACAGAACACACUAAACACACUCACACAUGCACACUCUCUCGCCUCUCUCUCACACCCACAGCUGGCAGGUUGACAGAGACGGCAUCUGCCUGCCAACUCCUCUGUCAUCAUCCGAGGGAAGCAGGAAUAGAUCUAUCUAAGAAUGGAUUCUCACGCUGCUCUGACAGCGUGUGUGUCUUAGCACUGUCCAUUCACCACACAUGGCUGUAAGCAUGCUCAUCCCUUUACAAGCCUUCAUCCAUCCAGCCAUAUCUCUGCCUGUCUCUCUGCCUGGUCUCUCUGCCGGGUCUCUCUGCCGGGUCUCUCUGCUGGGUCUCUCUGCCGGGUCUCUCUGCCGGGUCUCUCUGCCGGGUCUCUCUGCCGGGUCUCUCCGCCUGUCUCUCUCUCGUACACGUCAUCUCCCAUGUCAGCUGGAGUAAAACAAAAGCGUGUGUGUGCAUGUGUGAGAGAAGAAGAGCCGCCGCAGAGGGAUACACCGUAUCCCUGGGUAGUCGUACAUUCAGGUGUCGUGUGUGUCCCUCCAUUAAACAUGCAUGUGGACGGGUGUCAAAGUGAAGUGGAUCGUUAAGGUUAACUCAAGGUAUAAUUACAUGUUAGGGAAGUCGGUCACAAGGGCACAGAACACACAGUUCCCAUGUAGCCCCCAUGUAAAACAUGAUCUGAGGCACUAUUGUUGAAAAGGUGAAAAGGGAUCCCAUUUAGCAGACAUUUUAGCACUCAAUUCAAUGUAACUGUGGGGUGUUUGGAUGGAUUGAAAUGUCAGUUUUGAAUUAGAUAAUGAGAAAUGUUGAAGACGUACGAUGGGGGAAUGUAGUGUUAUUUGGUUAAUAAAUAAAAAUGCAAAUGAGGUGUAAUUUUAGAAUGUCAUAUCUGUGAUUCUCAUGAGAUCUCUCUCCUCCUGCUCUCUCUCCCUCUUUCUCCCUCUCCCCCGCUCUCUCCACCUUUACCUCCCCCUCCACCUUUACCUCCCCCUCCUAUCUUCUCAAUCACUGUCUCUCUCUGUCUUUCUCUCUCGCCAACUCCCCUUCUCUCUCUCUUCCGUCUCAGAUCAUUGUGCUGUGGAACUGUGACAAGCCUCUCCCUGCCAAGCACCACUGGCCUGCCACCUCUGUGCCCGUCAUUGUCAUCGAGGGAGAAAACAAGGUGAGCUGGGCCACCAUUUUGGUUUCUCUACGCCUUCAAGUACAAUACCUUCAUUUUGGCUUCACUACGCCCCCAAGCGUUGUUCAGUGCCAUCAUUUUGGCGUAUGUAUGCUUUGAUCAUAUGAGGACUUGACCACAGCGUUUAUAAACCCAGAGGCCCAACAUCACGAUACUUCCGGGAACACUUCGAAGCAGACUCGUCAGACCAGACCGGGGUUUGUGGUUUGGGAAGUCAAUGAGAGAAGCAAAAAAUUAUUCCUUAGUAGUUUAUUUUCUCUAUUUCUAAAGGCACAACCUAGAUUCGAGACAUUGUCUUAAAGGUGCUACACAUAGAAUUUCUCAGAAUUUCUCCCCUGUGUGGAAGCUAGGUGAAUUGCAACAGCACUAGGCUGCAUUCAAAACAAAUAUCCCCCGCAUCCCAUUUCCCCGUAACAUGGCGGAGACUCGGCUUGAGCCUUUUAGUUUCUGUUUUGGUCAACCAGCUUCAAACAGCUGUAAAAGAAAAUAUGUAUUUUUGUUAUUGAAAAUAUAUUUCACAAUGAUUUAGAUGGCACAAUGAUUUCCUACACUAGUCAGUACUUGUUUUCUCACAUAAAAGGACAUUUAGCGAACAGUGUAGAAUUUUAGCAACCAGGAAACGACAGAGUGAUUUCAACAUUGGCCGCUUGAUUCGAUUUCCACUAGAUAACACAGCCACAAAGUCAAAACAGCUUUCCCAUUUUGACGGAUGGAGAACUUAAUAGGCAAAUAUCACAGCCAAUCGCAACACUGGUGGGUAAGUAACACUGUGAAACACUAUCUUUCCACUAUUACUGCAGAUAUAUUAUGGACAUUUUCUGCGUAGCACCUUUUAAGUAGCUGAACAUGUUAUUUCUCCAACCUCGUGAAAUUGACAAACUGACACGUUUUCAUUUAGUAAAAAACAACCUUAUAUUGAAGGAGCGCUUUUGAUUUGACGGCAUGAUGUUCGGUGCGACACAACCGUUAUACCUGAUGACGUGUUUCCGCGCAUGAGCUUAACUAGCUAACAUCACCAUGACAUCUCCUUCAAGUGUGAUCUGGGAUUUCUAUUGGAGAAGCAGUUUCUAUUGUUUAGGUCGAGGAAAUAAUGUCCUAACAGAUUGUUAGAGGUUAUCUUGACAACGCUUUGGUCUGUCAGUGUUCCGUAGGGGGUUCGACUAAAGUGUCUUGGCCUCUCUAUGCCCUCAUCGUGAGAGGUAAAAGUUGACACAGGAAGUGUGAUCUGUGCCAGUAGUUUGAGAGGCUGAAGUGUGGUGUUAGUCAGGCUCACUCUAACACCACAACUUUUGUUGAGCUGUCAAUCAAUUUGAGUGGUUUCUCUCACUCAUCAGUCACAACGGAGCGGGCAGAGUUUUGAUUUCUCCCCACAUCUCUCUCCACCUCUCUGGUUUUCUUACGCUGUCAAUCACAGAGGGAGCGUUGUCUUUGGCUGUGGGUCGGCGACAACGGCCGGAGUUGA